AUGUUCGCCAAGUCCGGUGCGACAGACAAAGUGACCAGUUUAAAACAAAAAUGUAAAGUUGAAGCAGAUUUGGACAAAAAUUCAGCAUUAUUCAACCACGACAAUUCCAUCAACAACUGCAAUCCACUGUAUAGUUGUAAAACAAAAGUUCAACGUAACACUGACAACAGCAACUUACAAAAAUCUCCCAACGCUGAUAUUAAUUAUGAUAAACUUGAUCCAACGUAUUCUCAACAGUUACUUAACAACAUCCAAUUUGAGUUCUACUACAACUUCAACGAUUACAACACGGUAAACAAGAUGAACAUGGUGAACAUGAAAAACAACAGCUACACCUACUUCAACAACAACAUUUCUUCAAACAACGACCCAAAUCUUUUCACCGAUUUGAUAUUUAACGACAAUCCGAACCAACGACAAAAUUUGGUCGAUUCCUCGAAGACACCGUCAAAUGAAGAAAAAAUUAAAAGUGGUGCAACUGAUGAAAUGAACAAUGACAACAACAACAACAGCAGACACAACAACAGUAAUUACAACAAAAACUUCAACAACUACAGCAUCUACUACAACUACAAUUAUUUCAACGACGACGAUCACAACAACCUUACAAUCGACAGCAACAACAGCAUUGACGCCGAAUGCAACAAUUCCAAAAAACGCCACUACCACAGCGACACCAUCGACAACAACAUCGGCAGCAGCCACAAAAGCAGAAGGACAGCAAAUGGAGAUAUCUAUAACAACUCAAACCAUUCUGAAAUGAGUGAUCCUCCAAAACACAGCGUCCACAACAGGAUACGAUACAUUCUCAAUCAUCUGGGAAAGCAGAAGUUAUGUUGUGGUCAACUUUGGAAGUUCCUGAUUGAUUUACUGGCGGAUCCACAAAAAGCAGAUGGAAGCAUUGAAUGGGUGGGACUGGAUGGAAAGUUCAAAAUGCUGGACUCGGAAAAAGUUGCCAGGAAGUACUACUACAAAAAUAUACUGGACAAAGUGUUGGGAGAAAAAUUCACCUAUCAAUUCAAUCUAGCUCAUAUCCUUCGCCAGGGAAAAAAGCCACUGCAAGACUGCUUCAAAAGAUACCAACAAGAGUACAAGUUGGCCGGCAACAUUUCCAACUCGAAAAAAUACAGCAGAAAUGAAUCUGAUGUGAAGCGUGCAAUUUAUCACUGGGCCAACUUAGCAUUUGUCUUUUGUUGCAUGCCAUGUCUCAUCUCGUCAUCUGAUCAACACGAAAGCACAAGCGGUAUUUAA